AUGUGUGAGCUUGACGAACAGAUUCACAAUCACACACUAGCUGAGGAGUAUCUCCCUCCGUUUCUCGAUGAAGUCUAUCCACUUGGCAAACCAGAUACUGGCUGCAGGGUCUAUUUCGGUAGAUUGGCUGCGAAAGCCUUUGUGAUUUACAACAAAAGAGAGGGGACUAGUUUUGAGUUCGUUGAGGUUGAGAAAUGA